AUGGAGACAGUACGGGCUGCAUGGGAGGCACUGGUGGAGGCAGCGGCAUUGCGGGAAGAGGACGGGUUCUCCACGGCCGAGGUGGACGGAGCAUGGGAGGACCCACGACGGAGCGAGUUGGACGAGGAUGCCUUCCUGGCCUCCAUCCGCCUGCGGUAUCCAUGGCGACGCAUUGCUGUACUCUCUGGUGGAUGGCUACUGGGCUGUGUGGCGCUGCAUGGUGUAGCGCAUGGCAUUAUCCAUGCUUCGGUGGCCAAGGACAUCCUUGCCGCCAUGCCGCCCGAGGAUGCCAACAUUUACCUCGCCGAGCAUGUUGUCUCGUGGGUUCAUGGCGCCAUCAUGGGCAUCGGCGGACUUUGGGCCGUCGCAGGCGUGCGCUUGUUUGAUGACUCGGUCACUCGUCCGUAUCCGCCCAUUCUCGACUCGUACUACGCCUGCCAUCUCGGCUACACGCUCUACGAUCUGGUGACCAUGGCGUUGCACGGCGGCGAGACGCCGUCGAUGUGGGCUCAUCACAUUGCAGGCGUUGUCGGCUCGGCACUCAUGCCCUGUCUUCGAUCGCUUGCCUUUAUUCCCACAGCGUUUUUCAUCACCGAGCUCACUGUUCUCCCGCAGAACGUGCUGUGGUUCUGCCAGCGGCUGCAGGUUGAUCGCAGCUCCCUCUUCUACCGCGGGCUGCUCUUUGCUCGUGCCGUCUUCUAUCUCGCCUUUCGGGCGCCUGCGCUCUUCUUUGUGGUGCUAUACGCCUGGCGGCGCGGACUGCGGCCAGCGCGCUUCCUCAAACUCCCGGGCUACGUCCAAGCCCUGGUCUCGGUCAUUCUCGGCGGGCUCGGCUUUCUCAAUACCCAGUGGUCGCAGCAAGUAGUGACGACGUACAUCACGUCCGAGCUGACAGUGUUGACCAGCUGACGACUUGUGGGCGGACGCACCGACAAUGGCGUUUAGACAGACAUGGUUGGUGCUCGCGGCAGGACGCGGAUGAGGGCCUGAUCAAGUUCGCGUGCGCCCUCGACCUGAACACCGGAGAGGAGCAGAUGGAGGUCGGCGUGGAGAGCCUGGGUGUGGGCGUAGAGCCAGGCGACCGAGGCGUCGUAGACCGGGGCCGGGACUGGGACGCCAGUGCCGACGGCACCGCCGC